UCCUCGCAAACCAAAGUUGUUCAGCCUUGCUUCCUCCCUCAGAACCCUCUACGCCCCCCCUUUCCCUCCCCGCGGCCCCGUUCGCUAACAUUCUGCUCUCCAUCGCCAGCCGAACGCGAUUUUUAAGGCAUCCGGGGCUGAGUAAUAAUUAAAAGCCAUCUGCAUGCCCAGUAAUUUCAAUAAAUUUAAAUCGAGGAAUUUGAUGAAAUUUGAAAAAACGUGAUUUUUGGGGGCAUAGGAUGUAUUGAUGAACCUAACCUCAAUAUUGUCGGAGACGGCUGAGAAGGAGCAGGAGAAUCGUUACGGGACACAGUUUAUCACUGAUCAGCUUGGGUCAUUCAAUUUGUCGGAGAAUCGACAGUACAGCUGCAACGGCUCGUGGUCAGGGGGAAUUCUCUCAUCUGAGUUGCCCCAAGGAUACGGAAUAACCGUUGAACCAGCACGAAUAGGACAAUCAUUGGUUACGAGAGGAGGAGGGAUGCCUCGCAGUAAGCGGAGAGCGCCCUCCAAUACGAAUUAUCAUCAUCACGCGUCCACUGAUAUGUCACCAAGUGCACAUGAAGAUAGUAUGCCGAGGCAUCCCUCGAAAAGACUGAGACACACAGCCAGGCGUUACACAAAAACAGAGGAUGUCUCAAGUGCAUCGUCGUUCUCCCAGAAACGAUGUAUCGCGUGGUUCAGAGAGUACACAGUGCCAGAUGAUCCAGACACACUCGGCCCUGAAGGAAUGGAGAAGUUCUGCGAGGACAUUGCUGUAGAGCCUGAGAAUGUUGUUAUGCUUGUACUCGCUUACAAAAUGAAUGCACGUCAGAUGGGAUUUUUCACAAUGAGUGAGUGGCUCAAGGGAUUGUCGGAGUUGCAGUGUGAUACGAUAGGUAAAAUACAACAGAAAUUAGAAUACCUGAGGAAUUUACUCAAUGAGCCACACACCUUCAAGGGAAUCUACAGAUAUGCGUAUGAUUUUGCCAGGGACAAAGAUCAACGUAGUAUGGACAUGGAGACAGCUCGUGUGAUGCUCCAGUUACUCCUAGGAAGACACUGGCCCCUAUUCUCCCAAUUUGCACAAUUUCUAGACCAGUCCAAGUACAAAGUUAUCAACAAAGACCAGUGGUGCAACAUUCUCGAAUUUUCACGAACUAUUAAUAAUGAUUUAUCAAACUAUGAUCUGGACGGAGCCUGGCCAGUAAUGCUCGACGAAUUCGUCGAGUGGUUGAAAGUUCAAAGAGGCGAGGGGGCGUCUUCAACAAAUGUACGUGGCAGCUGAAAUAUCACAUCCACCCAGCCUGUAUCUUAUUCAAAACCAAUUCCCCCAAUUCGACAAUUUCAAUCUCUCUCAAUCACAUAUGUCAUAAAGUUGAAAAAAUUGACUUUCCAACUUUUGUUUCAUUAUUUUUCUCGCGUUAUUCACAAGUUACUUGAAUUAUCAAUUCACUGAUUGGAAAACAAAAUUCAUCCUGACCCUUCGCUGCAGUCUAAAAAUCGUGCAAAAUCAAUGAUCAAAAGUUUAAAUCAUAGCGCUAACGCCUUUUGUUUUGAGUAAUCUAAUAGCCUGUAGCUUAACAAAGAAAAAAAAAACCUAGUGUUGCCGUGUAUUUCACCGAUGGUUGUGCUUAGAAAUUCGAUAUUUGGAUUAGGAAAAAAAAAACUUGAAAAGAACAAAAUCCGAAAGAUUAUUCUCCCUCAGCACUACAUCAGUAACUUCUUCACUCGUCUCUCGAUAUAUGGAUUAAAGUAAAUAUGAUUAACAUAACCGUCCAAUUGCCGUGUAUUUCAUACUCGAUAAAUUGGAACUGUAUAAAGGACGAAGAAUAUCAUAAUGGAAUAACAUUAACUCAGUUUUUUACGGAGUUCUAGAUGGGAUGCCUUACUUACGUUGAAGGGAUUUGUGUUGGACGGUUGCUCGAUUUUGGGCACAAUCAUGUAAAUAACGGUGUAAUUUAACUGAUUAAUUACUUGAUACUACUGAUAAUUAGUCGACUUAAUCCAAUGCAUGAUUGAUAGCUGUGAUUAAGUGGAAUAAAUGACAAAAAUCCUUCGUUGAGAGAAUUGAAAUCAAUUGAAAUGCACUAAAAUGAAACUGAUUGAUGAGAAAAUAAUAGAAAAUGAAAAAUAAAAUGAUUAUCGAUGGAAACUCAGGAAGUGAACGGGGGAAGUGAAUUAUCCUUCCGUAAUUUUUUUUCCAGUGAAACAUUACGGAAGGAAAAUACUGAUUUUUUUGUAAUAGCUAGAAAUACGUUAGAAUUAAUUAAACUUUUAUUUCACUUAAUUGCAGUGAAUAACGAAAGCAAUAAGGUCCUCAUGAAGAUCAUUGCCAAAUCAAGUUAAACGGGCAAUCGAAUGAGAAACCUGACUCACAAUGUGAAUUCUAAGUAGUUAAAUAAAUUAAUAACAUACGUGCGAAUUACAGCAAAGAAUUUCUCUUCUGUUUAGAUGUUAAGUAUUCUCGAGGUGUUUAUUGAAAAAUUUCGAGGCGACGGGUGAAUUGAGGAGUUUUUUGUCAUUUUCUUGGAACAUUGAUCCUGAGAAUUGAACUCAUCAUUUAAAUUUUACGUUUUUUGGUAAUUGUGGAUUUAUCAGGUGAUAAUUGCAUAAUAGAGAAUCAAAUUCUCAUUCUGUGAUUUUCCAUUUUUUGUUAACUGUGGAAUCACUUCCACGAGGAAAAUGUCAAGAAAACUUUGAUAGAUUAUGAAAUAGUCUGCAAAAAAAUUCACCUGACUUUUUCCCCUGAAAUCAUUGAUAGCGAGUGUAAAUCCACGUUUAGCAAGAAUUAAACUCGAUUUUUACAUUUUUCUGGAGAUAAAAAAAAAGAUCUUUCAUUCGUAGUUUCAUUCGUACGUUCACCAGUCAAUACAACCUGUUUAUUCAUGUCCAUAAAGUCUCGAUCUCGUUUCUCCCCAGCUAUUUAAGUUCAUACGAUGUAAGUGUGAUAAAGAGGAGACAUUGAAGGACGAAUUUUUUAAAUUGAGAAGACGAAAAAUAAGAAAAACAAAUUGAAAAAUACCAACUCUUGAGUUGUAAAUUUUCUUGAAGAGAUAGUAGCAGGCAAUAAUUCUCCCUACGUAAUUUAAGUAAUAAUUUAAUAAUCCACUUGUCACUUUAAUAUGCAAUUGUUGUCUAAGGAAACAAACUUGUAGAUACACUUGUAAUUCCUAGUGAUAAUUCAGUCUCGUCUCUGUUCUGCCCCCAUUAUCCUUUCCCACCAUCCUCGAUCAUCCCAGACCAUUUUUUCAUCAGUAUUCUAACGAAUGAUAAUGUAAUCACGUUGAAAAUGUAAUGUCAAGAGCCUGCUGGUACCUUUUCAACUCACGAUAAUAAAAUAUACAAUUGAUUUAGAGGGGUAAUGUGUUUAUUGUAAAACUGCUCAAUGUUUUUAGGAUGUUUUGCGUUUUAUUUGGUGCAAAAAAGCAUCAUUUGCUCAAUUAAUUUAAUCGUUCGAUCAAUAAUCAGAUGAAUUAUACUCGAGAUGACAUUCAUUUAUUCAUUACUCCUUUAUUUAUGUAGAAGAGAUGGUGGACAUUCUGAUGAUUUUUCAGUGCCAAUACAAUUCAUGUACAAUUUAA